AUGUCUGAGCCCAGCUUUACCUCUGCGAACACCGUCGCUCCAGCGGCAACCGGGAACCUGGUCUACCUUCACUACGUUGUGUUUGGUGUUGGCUAUGGCGUUUCCACUCUCCUCGUUCUUUUGCGGCUUUACCACAGGAACCAUAAUAGAAAUCUCAAGCUAAGCGACAUGUUGGCGACCUUCUCCUGGGUUUUUUCGUCCGUCAUGCAAAUUCUGAUGAUAGGCAAGUAUACCCCCUUAGUGACAGGGCGAAGAAAAAGUGCUAACAAGGCCGACGUAGUCGCGAUAUCCAUGGGUACCAUGUGCUUCCCGCGAGCAUCCAUUCCAGACGAUCGAUACCGGAUAUACGUCGAGGUGCGUACCAUGGCCUGUUCAGACGAGACAAUCAUGGUUGACCAGCAGUCACAGCUCAGUUACAAUGCGGCGCCGGCGUUCAUGUUGACCAUUGGCUUUGCGAAGGUGUCCAUGCUCUGCUUCUAUCUAGAAACGUUCUCCCCCAAUGCGUGGUUAAACAAGGCUGCAAGAAUCACACAAGGUGUUGUGAUUACGACCACAGUCGCCAUCACUCUCCUACUAUACCUCUCGCGCUUACCGAGUCUAUCACUCGAUGCCGUGGCCCUCUUCUUGGCAACGGCUGCCUCGAACAUCAUCAUGGACGUUGUGUUGCUGAUCCUCCCAAUGCCCGCUCUGUUCAACCUCCAGAUGGCACUCAAUACCAAGCUUUCCAUCGCGGGAAUAUUCGGUCUGGGCUUACUAACCACUGUCACCUCCAUCCUCCGGCUGUAUCUUCUCAUCCAGAUUCAGGGCAGCGAAGACCUAACGUGGGACGCCGCGCCGGCCAAUAUCACUUCGUACGUUUCGCGGAAGUACAACCUGCAGUACUCACUGACGGACGAAAGGUUUCUCGAAGUCAAUCUCCUUCUAAUCUGCACUUGUGUGCCCGCUGUGCGCCAAUUCUUCAAGAACCUCAAGCGUGAUUCGUACACUGGGAAUCAACCCAACUUCACAAACCGAGCCUCGGGGACAAGGCAGUUACGCCUGGAUAGUUCGAGUCAAGUUCGACUGCGCGAGCUGACGGCCGUUGUCGAUACGGAAUUGGGAAUGAUUGUCCCGAGAAGUCGCGGCGCAGACAGCGAUUGGAGCGAGCCGAAAGACGGAAAGAACAUCUUGAACGAAUCUACGUAUAUUUGA